UCCCAGUCCCUGGGACUACAGGCAUGAGUCACUGCACCCAGUUUACAAGCCAAGGAUUGCUGGCAACACCAGAAGCUGAGAGAAAGGCAUGAAACAGAGUAUCCCCUAGAGACUUCAGAGAGAGCAAGGCCCUGCUGACACCUAGAUUUCAGACUUAGAACCACUUGAACUGUGAGAGAAUACAUUGCUAUAGUUUUAAACAACUCAGUUCGUGGCACUUAGUUAGAGCAGCCCUAGAAAACUAAUACAGUUGCAUAAUAUCAUUGGCCUCCACCAUGGAGCCCCAUCACUGUCCAUGAACCAUCUUCAGCUGUGUGAGAUCCUUGACAAUCUGGAUGAAAAAAUAUCAUCAAUGCUGUCUGUAAGACACUGGGGUCCCCAAACAUAGUAAAGAUGCCCAACAGGAUGUCUCCUGGACAUACUUGGAGAUCAGAGGACAUAGGAAGACAAACUUGGUCAAAAGCCAGAAUAAAUUGUGCAUAGCCUGGCAGGAUUUGCUUGCAUGGUAACGAUUUAGACUUGGCAUCCGCAGUUGAGCAACUUGGAAACCAUCUGUGCAGACACUAAGCCAUAGUUGACAAAGGGCUUCUUUACUGGCAGGGUCUACAGAGAGCCUGAUAGAACCUACUGAUAUCACAGGAGAUGCUCUUGUAACUGGGUUCCAACUCCCUCCCCAUGCAUGUGCCAUGUCCAGUGCCAAGGCUGGUCUCAGAAAAAAUGUCAAAGAGUUUAUCCACAUGGACAUAAUACUAGACUUCUGAUGGUGUCCCCUUCAUGGAUUCUACCAGCUUCUCAUUCCCAGACAGUUAGGACAAUGCUGAUCCAGUUCAGACACUGAUAGUCAAGUGCCUCUUUCUUCCUUUGGCCUUGGCCUCCUUAUCCUGGGUCAGCUGGCUGUACUUCUCUUUGGUAAAAAGAGUGCAAUUUGUGACCUUGCUUUCUAACAGCUGUAGCAAAUAUCCAAGGCACAACUCACAUAUAUGCCCCCCGCCCUGCAUCCCAGCUUUGGCAAAGGCCACUAUCUCCUCCCUCUGGGACAAGAUUACAAUUUCAGAGAAUAAGCUUUAGAAGCAGGUUUACAGCCCAGAGAGUAUAGACGCCCAUGUUAAUGGCAUACUGCUGGAAAUAAAUGAGAAGCAGCAAAGCUCAUGAAAGAAUAAUUUCAUUGCAAAGAGAUAGAACAUGGUGGGCCAAACAUGAGUUAGGAUUCCAAUCCUAGUUUAUCCUUAAACAAGUUGCUUCACCUCUCUGAACCUCAAUUUAUUGAUCAGUAAACUAGGGAAAAUAAUAAUGCUUACUUCGUUGGUUUGCUUUAAAGAUUAAUAUGCUAUUGUAGCUAGACUACCAAUGCCCUCCAAUACCCAUUCUACCCUUCCAUAGUAUUAAUAUUUUCUGUAGAGACAGGGUCUUGCUAUUGCUCAGACUGGUCUCAAACUCCUGACCUUGAGUGAUCCUCCAGCCUCAGCCUCCCAGAGUCGUAGGAUUACAGUCAUGAGCCACUGCACCCAGCCCUGAUCCUUACAGAUAUUUGAUUGUGUGAUAGUUCCAUGGGGUGAGGGCAUAGGGUAAGAGGAAUGAAAGAUAUCAUUUAAAAUACAUAGAUUCUGUUUGGUUUUGUAAAUAUCCUCCUCAUGGGAAAAUUUUAAGAGGCAAGCGGAAAGAAUACGAGAGUGGAAUACAUGAAUCUAAGACUGAUGUUUCUGGUAAUGGUGAGUUCCAAGUAUGAUCACAGGAACCUGUGGCUGAGAAGGGGUGGAGGAAAGGUUUCUGAGAAUAUAAAGCCUGGGAAUUGGAAGGUGCAAAUGGCAGAAGAGUCAGUAACAGUGGCUUUCCUGAGACCAAUACCUGGAGUUGAGGUGAAGGGAAAGAUCGUAAGCCGAGAAUCCACAAGGACUCCAAAUGCUUUUACUCCAAGUAAAACUGGAAGAUGUGGGAAACAGGAAAGAAUGUAACACUGGCAAAAAGAAUAAUAAUCUUUCCUGGGAAGCUGCUCUGGACCAAACUCUUUGACACAGCUUAUCUCCUUGAAUAUGUGAGAGUAAAUAUUAAUAUUCAGUCCUAAUAGAUUAAUAUAUGUUUGUAGUAGAUAUUAAUAUAUUACUAGUCCUCUGAGAGCAGAUAUUAACAUCCUUUUGUUAUGUAUGAGCAUAUUGAGACUAUGACAACUGUGGCCAUUGACCCAGUGUGACAAGGCUGAGAUUUGAAGCAGCUAGAUUCCAACUUUGGUCUCCACAACCUACCUUUUCUUUCACUACAGAUGGAAAGGUCACUGGAUGACCCCGAAAUGCACACAAAUAUGCCAAAGAAAACAAAGCUGACAGGAGGUGGUGUUAAACCCAUCCCCUCAACUAUCCAAAUGUAUCAGUGCCUCCAAACGCUAGUUGAGACAGAUGAGAGAGGAACAGAGAUGCUGACAAGUGCUGACUGUAGCCAGGGAAUCUGCUGUUAACAAGGUUUCCUGGAGAGGCUGAUGCAUACAGUUCUUGAUCCACAAUGUCAGAAGUAAAGUGGUUAAAGAAAUACAAACUACAUACACGUCCCUAUAAACUCCGCAAGUGAUUUAACUCCUGUCUCCAAACCCUUGCCUCCUUAUCUGUAAAGUGGGUAUAAUUACACCACCAAUUAUUGCAAGAUUCCCACAUGGUAAAUGUCAGGACCGCCUUGCUGAAAUAACAGGAAAAUAAUGUUUUCUAAUAACAGAUAAAGAUUAAUCUUAUGAGCUGUUUUCCCUGCUGGCAGGCAACCUGCUGGGACUCUGUUUUCACAAGCAUCUGAACGUAGUGAGUUAUCUCACUUGAUUGUUCACAGUUACAGGUUGAUCUUUAGCUGUUAAUAGAAAAUUAUUAUUUUUCCGUUAUUUCAACAAGGCUGUCCUUACAGUAAAGUCUGCAGUAUGCUUAGCAAAGUGCCAGGCACUUAAGAAGCGCAUAAUAUAUUAUAAUCUUCAUCAUGAGUACGAUGGAUGGAGGAGUUUUUAAAAAUAAAAAUAAUGCACUAUGACUUAUUUGGAAAUGUACCCAAAAAUACGGGCUGGCGAAUGGAUAAAAGUGUAGUGCAAUAAAGUUGUAAUGAUAAAAGUUAAUGGUAAAAUGUUCACUGUAAAUUCUUUCAACCUUUGUCUGAAAACAUUCAUAAUCCAAAGUUGGGGGGAAAUAACGCAUGCUGGUAUGCUUUGGGGGAAGGGAGAGCUAAGUUUUAUUUUGUUUUUUUAAUAGAAAAGGUACAAAACAAACAACUAAAAUGGGCGAGCUCUCCCUCAACCCUGCCCCGCCUUUGGGCCGCGGGCCGUUAGUAAUGCUGCUUGAAUGAAAUCAUCGAGGACCGCUUGCGCAAUGCCAAAUCCUCGAGAGCGAGGCCGGAGGCUGCCAAGCCCGCGCAGGGAAGGGGACGCCUCCGCGCGCCCCAUCCCGCCGCGGGCCGAGGAGGUGGGGCCGCAGCGCGCGCCGGCGGAAGAGAGGCUGGGCCGUUCCCGGGGGCUCAGGGACAGCGCCGGCCAAUAUGCGCCGCGUGUAAAUACCUUGGCGGGGGAGUGGGGGCGCGGGGGAGAGGAGCAUCGAAUUUCAAAAAAAGACCAAACCCCCGCGGCCCGGGCGGGCGGGCGCGCGCGAUGGGCGCCCUUUGGCUGCGGGAGCGAGAGGAGGAUGCUGGGAAGGAGGUAAAAUGGCCACCGGCGGCGGCGCGGAGGAAGAGAGGAAGCGGGGGCAGCCGCAGCUCCUGCCCCCGGCAAGGCCUCCGGCCCGGGCAGAGGAGGCUCAAGGCGGACGCGAGAAAAUGGGCUGGGCCCAGGUGGUGAAGAAUCUGGCCGAAAAGAAGGGCGAGUUCCGAGAGCAGCGACCGCCGCGGCGGGAGGAGGAAAGCGGCGGCGGCGUGGGCGGCGGGCUCGGCGCCCCUGCGGGCCUGGCUGUGCCUGACCUCGGCGACUUCCCCCCGGCCGUCCGCGGGGACCCGAAAGCCCGCCGGAGAGACCCGGCUGGCGAGGCGGCGGACCUCCGCAAGAAGAAGGGCGCUGCCGAGACGGGCAGAAGGAAGAAGGCCGAGGCGGCGGCGGCCAUGGCGACCCCGUUCCGGCCGAGCGAGGCCGAGGACGCAGCUGAGCGGCCCCUCCAGGACGAGCAGACGGCGGCAGCGGGCCCGGGCAAGGGUCGCUUCCUCGUCCGCAUCUGUUUCCAGGGAGACGAGGGCGCUUGCCCGAACCGGGACUUCGUGGUGGGCGCGCUUAUCCUGCGCUCCAUCGGCAUGGACCCCAGCGACAUCUACGCUGUCAUCCAGAUCCCGGGCAGCCGCGAGUUCGACGUGAGCUUCCGCUCGGCGGAGAAGUUGGCCCUGUUCCUGCGCGUCUACGAGGAGAAGCGAGAGCAGGAGGACUGCUGGGAGAACUUUGUGGUCCUGGGGCGGAGCAAGUCCAGCUUGAAGACGCUCUUCAUCCUCUUCCGGAACGAAACGGUGGACGUGGAGGACAUUGUGACCUGGCUCAAGCGCCACUGCGACGUGCUGGCCGUGCCCGUGAAAGUGACCGACAGGUUUGGGAUCUGGACCGGGGAGUACAAGUGCGAGAUCGAGCUGCGCCAGGGGGAGGGUGGGGUCAGGCAUCUGCCGGGGGCCUUCUUCCUGGGGGCCGAGAGGGGCUACAGCUGGUACAAGGGGCAGCCCAAGACGUGCUUUAAAUGUGGUUCCCGGACCCACAUGAGCGGCAGCUGCACGCAGGACAGGUGCUUCAGGUGCGGGGAAGAGGGGCACCUGAGCCCUUACUGCCGGAAGGGCAUCGUGUGCAACCUCUGUGGCAAGCGAGGACACGCGUUUGCCCAGUGUCCCAAAGCAGUUCACAAUUCCGUGGCAGCUCAGCUAACCGGCGUGGCCGGGCACUGAACACCCGCCUGCCUGCCACGGUGAACACACAGCCAGCUUACCCCUCUUAAGUGCCAAAACUUUUUUUUAAACCAUUUUUUAUCGUUUUUGAAGGAGAUCUUUUUUAAACCUACAAAAGACAGCUCUCUAUGCCUUCUUAAAUCGAGUUACUCCAUUUCAGCCUGAUGUGAAUUGAUGACUCUGUCAUCAGUAAUGAUUACCGUGAACUGUAGCGUGCAGAUGUGUCGCUCCCCCACCUUUUUUUAAAAUUUUAUUUUCGUUUUUGUAUUGAGUUUUUUUUUUUUUCUUGUACUUUUUACUGCCCCCUUCCCAUACCUUGUUUUCUCCCUGGAUUUUCAUACUUUGGGCUGCCUUGCUCAUCUUUAUGCCUCGGCACUAGGUACGAGGCCCAACACAUGGUAGGCACUCCAUCAGUGUUUGUUGAAUUGAAAACACUGUUGACUGUGGCUUCUGUCAGUGUCUACCUUUUGCAGCUCUUCCCCUCCCCUUUUAAUUUGCUGCUUCUAAUAUAUGUGGUCUGAAAAUUUGUGAAACCAGUGUUGUUAGAAGUGUAUAUAAUCUGAAUCAAUAAGCUCUGAAUGGUGGCCAAGGGCCUCUCUUGCGGCAUAAAGAUGCAUGGACUUUGUGACAGCUCUUUGGGUGGCUCAGAAGCCAUUUUUCAUAGAAUCAUGGAAUCUAGAGUACUCUUGCUGGAAAGGACCUGAGAAUUGGUUUAGACCAAUCCCUUGGUUUUCCAGCAGGUGAAACAGGCCCAGAAAGGUUAAAUGACUGGGUCAUAAUUCACACCGCUGUCUGGUGCCAGAGCUAGCCUAUAGUAGAGUUCCCUGACACCAAGCCCGGUGCUCCGUCCACUACCUCUCACACUUCACAACAAAUUUCCUCCACACUUGAGGGCCCAGAAUGUCUGAUCUCUACAGAAUGAUGAGCCCAGGAAAAUGCUGAGAGAUCAUCUCGGGAAGGGGCAGAAGUAGGUUUAGCAGGGACUUCUUGGUUCUUGGGAGAUAGGAAGGGACCAAGGAACAAACUCCAGAGUGCAUUUGUUGCUCUCUGGGGUGCCACAUGUGGAUUAAUGUCUGCCAGCUUCUUUGGAGGCCUUCCCCUUCCCCAUUCAUUGCCACCAGUAAGAAAUGGGGGUGCUCAGGAGUAAAGAAACCUACCAAAGGUUUACAUUUGCACCUUACCCUCAAUAGCUAGGAAUCCUAGAGAAGCAGCUAGCCAAACUCAUCUACAACCUCCUGACUCUCGGGAGAAGGAUGGUUUUAACCCAGAAUUAUGAGUGAGCUGUUAACUCUGAGAUGUACCUGGGAAACAGGCCAAGCAAGAGGUCAUGGGUCAACUAAGUGAUAACCAAGUUAAAGUAGAAAAGACAGUACACUGCUUUUCUUUUGGUUUUUGUCUUUCCUUUGCUAUAUGUUUUUUUGCUAUUUCCUUGUGGCUUAGAAUGUAAAAUUGAGUGUUUUGUUCUGAAUAAAUAUUUAUCUUUUGUAUUGCUAA